GCUCAGUCAAAGGGCAGGCAGUGACUGACGGGUCACUUAAAGUGACAACGUGAAGUGAGGUCACUGUUAGUGUAACAAUGUCUGUAUUGCUUAGUUGAUCCCAUAGGACAGUGGUCACCAACCGGUCAAGCCAYUCCUAGUCAAUCACCAAACAUUUCAUUAAGAAAAACAACGAUAAAACCUUACGUUUCUAUUUUUGUAUUUGUUUCGUGCUGUUGACGGUAGGUGCACUUGAUUCAGCAGCCCUAGRGCCGGGAAGGCAAAGUGUUCCCAUUUUGAACCAUUUCAUAUCUAUGAAGGUAGAACUCCYCCUACCUGGCAGGRCCAGCCUGCAUAGUUGAUAGCAAAUCAAGUGCACCUAUAGGCCAAUCAGAUAGCUCAGAUCAAUGUGUCCCAACAGUUUCCUCGCGCCAUAGACUGUAAAAAGAAGCCUCAAACGCACAGCAAAGUUGAUAAUGUGAAAUUUCAAAACUUUCAAAACCCUGACUAGAGAGAGACUCAAUGAAUAUAMCAAAGAGCUGCUGUUUUUAUGAGACUAACAACAUGAAUUGGUGCACGAGGKAGAAGUAAUGCAGUUCCCUUUUCUCAGCAGAGGGAGAGAGAAGGGACGGAACUGGUCUAGCAGCUCUCCAGUGGACGAAAGCCAUCAGAUGCACCUUCCCAUCACAGCACUUAAUAGAACUAACUCAGACUCGGCCCUGCACACCAGUGUGAGGAACACCCACACAGGGGACCAUUUGAGCCCCAACCAGCAGGCUUUAACCUCACGGAACAGACAUGGUGUCUUUCCAUAUCCAGUGCCUCCGAUUGAGGAGAAUGUCCUAGAAGAGGGAAAACCAUUAAGAAAUACCAAGAAGUGUCCUGCACUUCCCACUGGAAUCAAAUCACAUAAAUUCCCUGGUGUAAACAUCCUGUUCUCGCCAGAUCAGCAGUUCAGUGCUCUCAACGUCCCUUCCGCUCUCAAUGUGAGUGGCUCCUUGCCCGACCUCUCCAGCCUGCACCUUCCCUCCCCACAGCCAGUAGGUGUGGACCCAGACAAACCCACUGCCUGCAGCACUGGCCACCUACCUGGAACUCCCUCUCACCUUGGAGCCAGGGACGAUGAAUUUCCCUUGCCAGGUUUGUCGUUGUCUCUCCAAGGCUCAUACAGUAACCCAUUGCUCCAGUCCUCCCACAGCAUCCCCAAUAUCCAAUCCUCUCUCAGCAGCCACUCCCUUUCCAGCUCUCUAAGCUCCACCUCCUUGAACUUCUCACUCAGCAACACUUCCUUGCAGUCAUCCCCUAGCAACCAAUCCCUCCAGUCCUUCCUCAGCAGUUCGUCCCUAAGCGGCCUAUCCCUGCAAUCAACAACUAGCCACUGUAGCUACAGCAGUGGGAUUGGUGGAUCUCGCUCUUGCUCCUCCUCUUCGCUAUCCUGCUCCCCACGUCCAACCAGCCAGACGCAGGUGCCUCCGGCAAGGAGGCGGACUCCCCUCAGCCCACUGGUCGUUCCCACUGGUGGAGAGUCUCGCUGGCUCCAAUCGAAACAGUUUUCACCGGUUGGGUCUCCAAAGUUAUCUUCUAUAACUCAGGGAGUUCUCCUGAACACCAACCAAUUACCACAGGAGUCAAGGRCACCAGGGUAUCGUCACUGCCAACCUCAACACGAGGGUACUCCAGCAGCUCAGCAGCCCAUGCAUAGAGGUCUGCCACAGCGGCAGCAUUCUCUGACAGAGGGGCAGCAGCAACCCAGGCAGGAACCGCAGAAAACGCCACCACACCACGAGAAAUCCAGGGAUCUGCAACAACAAGGUGUACAUCAGCAGCAGCAACAACAUCAUCAUCAACACCCACAGCAACAGCUCCCACAGACACACAAUCUCCAACGAGUGGAAUAUCACCAUCAACAACAGUACCAACACCCAAAUCAACUAUAUCAAUGCCAGAUCCAGCAUGUCCAGACAGAAGAUCAGGACCUGGACACAAAACAGCAACGUCAAAGUGGGUCAAACCAGUGUGAGAACUUACAGCAACAACACUUACAUCAAUUACAGAAGGAACAGCAUCAACGACAACAAGAGCACCAGCAACAACAGAAACAAGUGUACCAAAACCUCCCACAGCAACAGCAAGAGAAGCAAAGGCAACAYUACCAGCUGCACCAGCAACACCCACACCAGCAGAACCCACAUCAGCAACAGUAUCAACAACAAGCAUACCGAAGACAACCUCAGCAACACCGAGCACUUCGACAAGAUGAGGUGCUACAGCAGCAACAGCAGCACCAGCAGUUUCAACCAUACCAACAGCAGCAGCAGCGGCAAAAUGGCAACCAGCAGCAGCAACAACAGCAGCAACAUCAGUGGCAUCUCCAGUGUGCAUACCCGCCAUCUCAGAGCCUCAACUUGUGUGGGCAGAACAUGUCAAAUCCACAAAAAGUACCAACGAUGCAGAUGACUCGUAAGCAUCAGACCCAAGCCCAGGGAAGGAGCUGGUCACAUCAAAAGGUGCAAGGUCAGAAGGACCAGAUUCUGUCGACCAAAAUCUCCUCACAGAUGAACUCCUUCAUGGACAACAGUCCGGACCUCUACAAUGACUCUUCCAUACUGGAUCAUUUCCAGAAUGAGUCCUACAUGGGCCUACACCUCACACCCAGCCAGACUCAGGCGCUUUCCCAGCAGCUGGGACAACUCAGUAAGGAGCCUCUCUGGGGAGAUUCUGGGCCUCAAUCUGUGGUUGGGAAAGAUGGAGGGGUUUACUGUGGGAACCAGGUACCUCAGAUGUCCGUCCACUGCCAGAACCAAAGCAGUGUGGACUGUCAUAACAUCCUUAUGACAGACAAAACAGCUUUUGAGGAUUUCUCUGGAGUACUGCCCAUGCUGGGAUUUGAUGCGGACCCCUUUGCCCUGGAUAACCCCCUUCAGAUCGAUCCCCUAGACCUGGAGGAGCUUAACAAGCUGGCAGAUGGAGACAUGGUCGAGGACUCUGUGAAAGGACACUGUUCUAACCUACUUAGGUGACCUGGGGAAUUGGAUGCAUCCAGGAACACUAUUUUCAACUAAGAUGGCAGCAAUGUCAGUUGUAGAUAAACUACAGCUAACUAUGCGUUUCAGGAUCUCUCACUGCUGGACAUAAUUUGAUUGGACAUGGUAUUUCUUACAGCAUCCUCAUGUGAUUGGACAGGUCCAUGUCAUGGGAUUUGAAAAGCAUGUGACUGGACAUUGACUGCCUCACAUGACUGGUUAGCUGACUGCACUUUUUCUUAGUUGUAAUGUAAUGCUUGCCUGCAAUGGAAAAAUGCAGCCAAGAGCUGGCAUCCUCUGCAUCUUAGUGUCAAUGUAGUUGAAUAAUGAAAACAGAUGUGUAGUUUGUGUAAAAAAUAUAUAUUUUGUAAUACAAUUAUGUACAUUCUAACAGCCUGCCUUUUCCCAUCUCUUGUAGAGAUGGAAAAAAAAAAAUAUAUAAUCUAAAACAAUAUUGUGUAUAUAAAAUGUGGCCAAGAAACAAGUUAUAUUUAGAGGUCCUUGUUGCUUUUUUAAAACAUCUUGACAUUUCUGCAAUGACAUUGUGUACCAGACAURAUUUUACAAAGAAAAUAAAUGAGCAGUAAAUAA